AUGGAAGAUUCUGACAACCAGUCUGAUGGACUCCUGUCCAAGCCUUCUGGUCGUCUCCCGGAUUACGUGAAGCCCGUCGACCACGAGGAAGCUGGCGUACGCUUGGCUAAGGACGUAUUUGAUCGUGACAAGAAUAUGAUCGAAAGUAGCGACGAGGACAGUGAUAAAUCCUUCAGCGAGGAUGACAACGUUGGAUUGGUUCGUGUCACCCCUGUACCCCAUGCGAUCUCUACUAACCUUCAGGUAGAAAAACCAACCAAAAACGUCAGCUUCCAGGAGAAGGAUAAGAAGCCCCGAAAGUCGGCCUUGAAGUCCGUCAUUCACCCCCAGACGAGCUUCGAUAUCCCAACCCCGCACUCACAGUCUGCUGCUGGCACUCCCUAUGGAUCAGAAGAUGAGGCCGAGAAGGAGGAUGUUCACAAAGCCCAACAAUUGAGUAUUUUCAUGUCUACCAUCGACAACCGUGUUCCUAACCGAUCCAUCCGGACGAUCGUCCGCGAGAACUUCGCAAGCAUGCAGGAGGAAGCAGACGGCGGUCGCCGCCGUCAGCGGAAGUAUCUGGUAGCACUUGACCUGAGUGAAGAAUCAGUGUACGCUCUCGAAUGGACCAUCGGUGCAGUUCUUCGAAAUGGAGAUACAUUGUAUGCCAUUUACGCCAUGCACGAGGACGCCAAUAUCUCCUCGGUGCAGGUUGGCGAGGGAGCCAAGGCCAUGAAAGACGCCAAUGCCGUUGUUGGCUCCCAAACGAAGGAAGUCAGCCAGGGCCAUAAUGUCGGAUCCCGCAAUCUCCUGGGCCGACUGGGACCAGUGGCUGUCAGUAAGUCAAGCUCUGCCGACUCUCGUGCUUCUCCUAUAGCAGAGGCAGAGCGGGUCAGAGCUGCCGAGUCCAUUUCCAAAACCUGCAUUCACCUGCUGCGCAAGACCCUUCUUCAAGUUCGCAUUGCUGUGGAGGUGAUUCACUGCAAGAGCCCCAAGCUCAUGGUCACCGAAGCUCUCACAACUCGCAGUGUUCUUCUCGGUUCCUUCUCCAACUACUUGCUAUCUAACUCUUCUGUCCCGGUGAUGGUCGCACGCCGCAAACUCAAGCGUCUCCCAUCUAAGGGAUCCCCAGCAUCAAAACUUCGCCUGUCCAACAACCUCCCAACUCCCAAGAGUCUAAUCGACGCCAAAGUGGAUUAA